AUGCCGCUCGACAUCGACGAAAUAUUGCGUAAAAAGAAGGCAGCGGACGCAGCGGCUGCAAAGCCCAAAUUCAUACCCAAAGCUCAACGUGAGAAGCUUGCUGCCGAGAAGUUGAAGCAGGAGACAGACGAGAAGAAGAGGAAAGCCGAAGAAGAAGCAAAGAGACGGACAGAGGAUGAGAGGAAAUGGGCAGCCGCGACUAACGGCGACGCAACGACGCCUAAUGGUGUAGGCAACGGUGUUCCCACCGGGCCCAGGUCCUAUCAUGACGAGCGAGGCGGCGGCCGUGGUCGCGGCGGGAGAGCUGGGCGAGGUGGACGGGACGGUGGCCGACCGGAUGAUAGAAGAUCUGCGAAGAAGGACGAGAAAAACGCGGGCGACAAGCGAUCACAAGAAGACAUUGAGCGACAGCAGGUCAUGGCACGAUACCUCGGGCCAGAUGUCAAUAAAGAAUCCACCUUCUCAGCCAAGAAGAAGCGCAUGCGUACCAUGGACAAGAAGUUCAAUUUCGAGUGGAACCUAGACGAAGACACGAGCCGCGACACGGACCCUCUGUAUGCGGCGCAGACAGCCAACAGGGGCUCGACGCUGGCAGGCAUAGGCGGCGAGUUCGACAGAGAAGCGGAAGAAAGAGCAAAGAAGAGGGCCAAGAUGAUCGAGCAGCGGGAUGUCGAGCAUGGCAAAGAGCGUGCCAUAGGGAUCAUGGAGGACUUCUAUCGGGCACGAGAGCGGGCGCAGCAGCGCGCAGACAAGACGGGUCUGGGACGGCACUGGUCCGAGAAGGAUCUGUCGGACAUGCGCGAACGAGAUUGGCGUAUUUUCAAGGAGGACUACGGCAUCGCUACAAAGGGCGGCCUCAUCCCGAAUCCCAUGCGAAGCUGGAAAGAAUCAGGCCUACCACCACGUCUGCUCGAGAUUGUGGACCAGGUCGGCUACAAGGAACCAUCUGCUAUUCAACGAGCUGCCAUACCCAUCGCCCUCCAGGCGCGAGAUCUCAUCGGUGUGGCCGUUACCGGUUCAGGUAAAACAGCAGCCUUCCUGUUGCCGUUGCUCGUUUACAUUUCCGACUUGCCGCCUCUGGACGAAUACAACAAGAACGAGGGCCCAUACGCGCUGAUCAUGGCACCGACUCGAGAACUGGCUCAGCAGAUCGAGACAGAGGCUCGCAAGUUUGCCUCGCCCCUUGGUUUCCGAGUCGUUAGUAUCGUCGGUGGUCACUCUCUGGAGGAGCAGUCAUUCGCCCUGCGCAACGGAGCAGAGAUCAUUGUGGCCACGCCAGGUCGUCUCGUUGACUGCAUUGAGCGUCGGCUUCUCGUGCUUGGCCAGUGCUGCUACCUGAUCAUGGAUGAAGCCGACCGCAUGAUUGAUCUUGGUUUCGAGGAGUCGUUGAACAAGAUCCUCGAUGCCCUGCCCGUGACCAACGAAAAACCGGACACGGAAGAAGCAGAGGACUCGAGAGCCAUGCAGCGGUACCUCGGGGGGAUCCGUUACCGACAGACAAUGAUGUACACUGCAACCAUGCCGCCAACCGUGGAGAAGAUUGCACGCAAGUAUCUACGCCGGCCAGCCACUGUUACCAUCGGAAACGCAGGCGAGGCCGUCGACACAGUCGAGCAGCGGGUCGAGUUUGUGCCUGGCGAAGACCGCCGCAAGAAGCGCAUGCAGGAGAUCCUUGCGUCAAACGAGUUUGGCCCGCCCAUCAUUGUCUUCGUCAACAUCAAGCGAAACUGCGAUGCUGUGGCCCGGGAUAUCCAACGCAUGGGUUGGUCCGCGGUCACCCUGCACGGUUCCAAGACACAGGAGCAGCGUGAAGCCGCUCUCAACUCUGUCCGCGCCGGACAGACGCAAGUCCUCGUGGCAACGGAUCUUGCUGGGCGUGGUAUCGAUGUUCCGGACGUGUCCCUGGUCAUGAACUUCAACAUGGCCCACAGUAUCGAGAGCUACACGCAUCGUAUCGGUCGUACGGGUCGUGCAGGCAAGAGUGGUGUGGCGAUCACGUUCCUGGGCAGCGAAGAUACCGAGGUCUUGUAUGACCUGAAGCAGAUGUUGAGCAAGAGCUCCAUCUCCAAGGUCCCGGAAGAGCUCAGAAGGCACGAGGCUGCGCAAUCAAAGCCUACGCGUGGCGGCGGUGGCGGCGCAAAGAAGGACGAGUCAGGCCCAAAGUUUGGUGGACGAUGA